UUUUUUAUCCUCCAGAAGCCUCUCUCUUCCUCCCAUCACCAAAUUUACAGAGAAAGAGGUUCAAAGAGGGUUUGCGUGUGUGUGUGUGUGUUGAAGAAGGCACACACAGAGAAUGAGAUAUGGUUGGACUUAGCAUAGUAUUGGAAGGUCAAAAGCGAAGUGGUGGUGUGGGCAAAAAUAUCCCACAAGUUAUUAACAAAACCACCAUGGUUGUGAUCAACAAGCCUUCAUCGUCGUCUUCUUGUUUGCCUUCUCCUUCAAACCCUUCAAAAAGCCACAAAAAUCUUCUCUUUUCUCCUCAGACACCCUUCUUGGCCCCAACUUUUCUUGACCAAUGUUUUUUGUGCAGACAGAAACUCUUGCCUGGCAAAGACAUCUACAUGUACAAGGGUGACAGGGGCUUCUGCAGCGUGGAGUGCAGGUACAGGCAGAUUUUCAUGGACGAGGAAGAGAGUCUUCGCCAAGAGAAGCAGUGUUCAAUGGCUGCCAUGAAACCUACUUCGGCUUCCUCAUCAUCUUCUUCUUCAUCUGCUGCCUCCAAUCAACGGAAAGGAACCAGAAACCGAGGGAGUGGUUUUGCCUACUGAGACUGAGAGAGAACCAGUUGGAAACCAAGAAUUGGUUUCUUUGAGUUGUAUUUUCAGUUUUACCCCUUGGUUUAUUUCGAAAUGACUAUGAUGUUCUUUGUCCUUUUUAUUAGUGCUUCCUGCCAAGAGGACAAAAGGAUCCAACCUGUUUUGCCCCCAAACAUUUUAUCUGUAAUAGCCCACGGUUUUGGUUGCUCCACCAUUGUUUAGAGCAGAAACCAUGGAGGACAGUGGUGGGAUUUUGUGACAGUUGAGAGGGCAUUAAUGGCAUUUUGUUAUUGUGCAUUGAUGAUUUUAAUUAUUGAAAUUUUAUAAAA